UCUAUUACUGCAGGAUGUAACCACACGUACAGAUAAACACGAUCAGACCUUUAGCCUAAUUUAACCACCCCCAACCGGUCUUUCUCUUGCCCUGCCCCUCCCCGGCCUCAUUUCCCUCCCCUCUCUUGGACUCCCUAUCCCUGCAGUCUGCCUCUCCUCUCCUGCAGGAGCAGUCUCAUCCCUUCUGCUCUCUGUUACUGCUGCUGCUGACGCUGACAUGCCUUCCUUCUACGUGCGCGCUGUGGGGCCUUGCUCUCGAGUAGUGAGAGGAUGGGUGGAAUCACAAAAAACAAGAUGCAGGGGGGCACAUGCUAUUCGGGUUUUAAGUGGGCAGAUGGAACGGCUGCCUCCCGCAAUCAGAGAAUUUGUUGUGAAAGGAGCAGAGCUUUGUGACCCCCAAAACAUUCACAUCUGUGAUGGAACUGCCACUGAGAAUGAAACAAUAGUGACAUUCCUGCAGCAAGAAGGGAUGUUGAAGAAACUGCACAAGUACCCAAACUGCUGGCUGGCUAGAACUGAUCCAAAGGAUGUUGCUCGUGUUGAAAGUAAGACUGUGAUUGUGACCGAGAACAUGAGGGACACUGUGCCGAUCCCUGCAUCUGGAAUCAAGGGACAGCUUGGGAACUGGAUGUCUCCACAGGAUUUUGAAAGAGCAAAAGCAGAUCGCUUUCCUGGCUGCAUGAGGGGUCGUACAAUGUAUGUGCUUCCGUUCAGCAUGGGUCCUGUAGGUUCCCCAUUGUCUAAAUAUGGAGUGCAACUCACUGACUCCCCUUAUGUAGUAGCCAGCAUGCGUAUCAUGACACGGAUGGGUUCACAAGUCCUUGAUGCCUUGGGAGAUGGAGACUUUGUAAAAUGUUUACAUUCAGUGGGACAGCCACUUCCCCUAAAAGCACCCCUUGUGAAUUCAUGGCCCUGCAACCCAGAGAAGACACUUAUCGCCCAUGUUCCAGACUCCCGUGAGAUUGUGUCCUUUGGCAGUGGAUAUGGAGGAAACUCUCUGCUAGGGAAAAAAUGCUUUGCUCUUCGUAUUGCUUCCCGAAUAGCCAAGGAUGAGGGAUGGUUGGCUGAACAUAUGCUGAUUUUGGGCAUCACAAAUCCUGCUGGGCGUAAGAGAUACAUCGCUGCUGCCUUCCCAAGUGCCUGUGGAAAAACUAACCUUGCAAUGAUGCGCCCAUCUUUGCCUGGCUGGAAGGUGCAGUGUGUAGGAGAUGACAUUGCUUGGAUGAAAUUUGACACUGAAGGUCGACUCCGUGCCAUUAAUCCAGAAAAUGGUUUUUUUGGCGUGGCUCCUGGGACAUCAGCAAAGACCAACCCCAAUGCAUUGAGUACAGUGGAAAGAAAUACUAUUUUUACCAAUGUAGCAGAGACCAGUGAUGGCGGUGUAUACUGGGAGGGACUGGAUCAACCACUUCCUCCUGGGGUCAAUGUAACUUCCUGGCUUGGCAAAUCUUGGAAAUCAGGUGAUAAAGAGCCUUGUGCCCACCCAAAUUCACGUUUCUGUGCCCCUGCUGCUCAGUGCCCCAUAAUGGAUGAUGCUUGGGAGUCGCCUGAAGGUGUUCCAAUAGAUGCUAUUAUCUUUGGUGGGCGAAGGCCAGAGGGUGUUCCCUUGGUAUAUGAAAGCUUUAAUUGGAAUCAUGGUGUAUUUGUCGGAGCCUCUAUGAGAUCAGAGGCCACAGCAGCUGCAGAACACAAGGGUAAAGUUAUAAUGCAUGAUCCAUUUGCAAUGCGACCUUUCUUUGGUUAUAAUUUUGGCCACUAUCUCUCUCACUGGCUAAGUCUACAGAACAGGCCAGGCCUGCAGCUUCCCAAAAUAUUCCAUGUCAACUGGUUCAGAAAGGAUGCAGAAGGAGGUUUCCUGUGGCCUGGAUUUGGGGAGAAUGCCAGAGUGCUUGACUGGAUCUUCCGUAGAGUAGAAGGAGAGGAAAGUGCCCGUCGGAGUGCCAUUGGGUACAUUCCUGCUGAAGGAGCACUCAAUCUACAAGGGUUAGGGGGGGUUGACACAAAUUCGUUAUUCUCACUACCAAAAGGAUUCUGGGAGAAGGAAGUUCAGGAUGUUGGGAAGUAUCUAACCGAGCAAGUGACUGAUGAUUUACCACCACAAAUUAUGGAAGAGCUGCGGGGCUUGGAGGGGAGGGUGAAAAACAUGUGAUUAGACAGGGGACAGGACUGUGGGGGGGAAGCUUGUAUCCAGAGCAUGUAGCUUAUCAUGCUACCAUCCUGAAUUGAUGUUUUCCUGCGACACGACACAUUCCAAAACAUUAUUGCAUUCCAUAAACGAAGCAGUGGGGUUGCAUCAGUAAUGGUACUAAAGGGGUGGGUGAAUAAAACACGUGAUAGAUUUCAACUGAAUAUUAUAAGCCAGACACCAAAGAAUAAAUGCAGUGUUCAGUGCCUUAAUGCUACCAAAGAAAAAUAUCACCCGUGCACUAGGGAGGUGAACUCAGGAAUUAGACUGAUUCUGGGAUAUUUCUUUGCCUUUUUUAUUGAAAUAAAUUUUGUAAUUCUGUAA